UACCCACCGCUGGCAGCAUGCUUUUGAAAAAAUGAUACAAACCAUUCCAGACCACAUUUAAAAUGUUUUAUCAUCUCUUAUGAUGUUUGUUGGAAGUACGUACUUAAUUUACGUAUCUAUAAGUAGGAUAAAUGCGUAUCCAUAUUCUGUAAAGGCACAUUUAUAUAUGUCCCCAGGACACUUUAAGAUCUGAGAAACAUACAUUGUUAUUUAAUUCUUUAACAGGAUGAUAGUGUUUCUUUUUUGUCAUUUUAAUAAGAUCCUCACUGUUCUAAUUAAAAGAAUUUUCAAAGCCAAAUACAGGUUAACCUCCAUUGAUCAUUAACUAAGUUACUGAAUAUUUUUUUAAACGACAGUGCUAGCUCUCAUUAACAAUAGCCUUCAAUAUUCAUCUGACUUUCCUAGCAAUUUUCCAAUCCAUGUUCUUAUGCCUCUUAUACUCUUUUGUCUGUUGUGCUAUUUAUUUUGUCAUGUUUGUUUUUUCUUUGUUCGGCCUUUGUGUAAUGGCUGAUUAUGCAUGCAUACAUGUUCAUCUUGCAUGGCUUCAAGCUUUUGCUGCAGGCCGGCCAGAUCAUUUAGUGAAUUUAAAAUUAUUUUUAUACUGUUUAUUAAUUUACUUUGGCAAGGAAUUUAUAUAGAAACAAAACUCAAACUAUAUAUUUUUAUUUCUAUAGUUUUCUGUAGGAUUUGAUGCUUAUCUGUGUAUGAGUUUUUGUAGCGGAUGACCUAAGCUAGUUUAUGUAGCUUCACUGCCUGCAGCUUGUGCAGUUCAUUGUUCACCUCAUGAGGUUCAUGACACAGAGUCUGUGUGUACAAAGCCUAAAGGCUGCAAAAUUACAUAACCGGUGUGUUUUACUCUCAGGGAAAGAUGAUAUUUAUUUUAGUUGUUCAAAAAUAUGUUAAUGGUUUUUGACUUACCCAUGAUGUUUAUCUUAAGACAGAAUGGAGUUGCAUGUGGUGUUACAUGAAGUGACAUUUCUAUUCUCUAAAGCAGAGGGUUUCAAACUAUAUUAUGACAAGGACCCCCAAAUAUGACUUUUGAGAGGGACCCCCUACCUAAAAUAUGUAUCAAUUUAUAUAUUUUUAUGUAUAACAAAUAUAAUUCAAAUUUAUUUGUACUGCAGCAACUUUGACAAUAGAUGACAGAUCACAGUUUACAGUUCAAAGUUACAGUAAGAAUACUGCUAACAAACCCAAGUGCAUGAGAUAUAACUGUAAUAAGAUAAAACAGGAAAGAUUAAAAGUGAAUAAAAACAAUUCUGGAAUGUAUGUAACAAGAAAUGAGUGAUAAACCGUUAAUAAAUUAAUUUUACAAUUUUUUGUAUUUUCUGGGGUGGCCGCCAUGACCUCCUGGAGGCCCCCUGAGGGUCUCACGGAUCCCAGUUUGAAAACCCCUGAUCUAGAGAACAUUUGAUUGGACAAAAAUCUGUUUAGUGCAAGAUAAUUUAUGAGUGUUUUUGGUCAGUUAUUCCAGAAGUAAAAGCACAUUUUAAAUACAAAUAUGUUCUAAAUAAAGAAAGCUUUUAACUGAAAUAGAAUAAAACCCACAAACGUCUAGUUUAGAUUUUUUUAUGGUUAUUAAACUUGUAGAAUAAUUUAAGCACUUUGUAGCACUCUUUUUUGACUCAUGGUGUCAUAUGUUACCCAGGAGUGCUGUUUUGAAAAGUUUAGAGAGUAAAGGGGGUCGCACACCAGAUGAAAAGCACAACGUCGCGUGUACAGUAGGACAACUCGCAGGUAUCAAAUGCCGGAUGUGCACAUUUAACUCUUUCCCCGCCAUUGACGAUUCAUCUUGUCGAUUAGGAGAAAACAUUUCCCUGCCAAUGACGCUUUCCUGACAAGUUUUUAUGGUAAUCUGUAAUUCCGCAAAAAAAAAAACUGAUGCAAAAACGAAUUAAAUCAAUGUUAAAUUGCGUGUAUGUUUUGAUAAUCAUUCUCAAUCUGAUCUCUAAAAAAAUUCUUCAAAAAAUGCAAAAAUGUCAGCUUUUUGCUCAAAAUUUGGUAUUUUUGAAGAAAACCUACUCAUAGUUAAAUAGUUACAAAAAGAGAACAAAUUAAGAUGAAACUUUUUCCCCAAUUUUGUUUGUUUGUUUGGUCUGUUCAUUAAUUUGAUAUAUUUGAUAUAUUUGUAUGUUUAUAUAUUUAUAGAAGAAAAUUUUCCUGGAAAAUCACAAAAAAUGCUGGCUGGCAACUUAAAAAAAAAAGGCUGGAUUGAAUUUUUAGACGUGCAGCCUCCUUAACACUGGUAGUUUGCUGUAAAGUUUUGCACAAGAAGGAAUGUUUACUUUGUAAUAUAUGUAGAUUUUAGGUAGAUUUAGGGAUUUAGAUGUGCAGCCAAGACUGUAAUAUGUAGUAAUCCCCUAUCACACUGAAGGCUUACCGCAAUAAAUUCUGCUCGGCCAGCAACCUCACUCCACAUGCUGGUUGGGAGAUGCAGCCAAGAGCCAGAGACUUUGUUACUGAUUCUGCAAUGAUCCGCUAGAUAUCGCUACGGAGGUGGAAAAGACUCAGACUGGUUUUCCAAAUGCCACUGAGCUAAGCAGCUCUACAUCUUUCUGUUCUGGCUUUGAACUGUGGGCAUUCAUGCUUUGUCUUGUGUUGCAGUCUGUUUAACGGUCUGGCGUGUUGAUCUGUGCUGUUCCUGCUUCUCAGAAUCUGCUAUAUGUUUCCAUCACCCUCUUAUCUUGAUGGUGCUGACAGUUCUUAAAUUAUACUGACAUAUUCCCAGUGCUUGUAUUAACUCAGGGGUCCAAUAAUUGCUGAACUAUGUCCUUCUUCUGUUCCCAUUUGUGGGCAUCCCACCUGUGAUGAGUGACUGAGAUGUCCAAAAUGGCUCUGAGACACAUAUUCAUCGUCACCCUUAAAUAGGCUACUCACACAGGGAUGCGCUCGUACAUUUACAAACAAAGCUCUGUGAUUGGCUCGCAGGCGGAGCACACUGGGAUGAGGACGUAUUACUUUAGUGCAGACACGCAGGAGGACAUGAACACCUGGGUCAGGGCCAUGAAUCAGGCUGCUCUAAUGAAGACAAAUACAGUGAAGAGAGAGGUGUUGGAUCAUCCAGACCGAGUGGGCGAGAAACUCAGGCAGCAGGCUGUUCCUCAAACCAAUCACAUCAACAGCUACGUGAUCCCUGAACCUGAGGUCAUCCAGACUGACAGGCCACCGGAGAGGAAGCCGGAGGGAUUUGUGGGAGAGGUGGAGAGCCAGGUUGGUCCAAUAGAGAUGGAGCAGGUGAGGGGUAAAUCUCCAGUCAGCAGGGUAGUGGAAGUGGAGAUUUUACCCCCAACGUCCCAGGUUCCUUCUCGGGCACCAUCCAGGGCCGUCUCAACCCCACCGGUCGUAAUGAGAAACGGCACACCCUUCGAACAGAACGGCACGGCUGGGUAUCAAAGAGGACCCACGCCACCUUCUCAAACUCCAGUCAAGGUACAGAGGAGGAGCGCUCUGGAAAAGGUGGAAAAUUGGGUUCAGGUCCAGAAAGAUGAGCGCCGGGGGUUGGUCGUUACCGACGGCACAAUCCCACGUCAAACGCCUUCAAUUCAUCCAAAGUAUGGCACAAUAGACAAGUACCAGUCUUUACCCAAGAACCCACUGCAAAGCCCUCCCGCCACCCAACGGCAGGUGCCCAGCGAAUACAAGUAUUCCCACGACCGGCUUAACCACUACCAGCAGACCCACGGGUACUCGCAGCGGCCCAGGGCGAAUGAAAACAUGGUGUGGCAGCUCUAUGAGUGGCAACAGCGGCAGCAGUUUCGGCACGGCAGCCCCACCGCUCCCAUAUACACUCCGGCUCCAGACUACUCCACCGCCGUGUCCUCCAACAGGGUCAGUUCGGACAUCUCUCGCUCCGUCUCUGUGCCUCCCACCAUGGCAGAUAUCCCUCCUCCUGGCCCACCCGGGCCCAGGCUACUGUCUCCCCGCAGACCCCACACACCAGCGGAGCGCGUUACGGUCAAACCUCUGGAGGACAGGUCCACUGUGGAAGUGCCACCAUCAAACCCGCCUCACAGAUCACGAUCUUAUAAGUCAGCCACAAUUGAAAGACGCACCGUGCCGCCAUCUGGCUACAUCAUGCACACAGUCAGUGCGCCCAGCCUUCAUGGAAAAACACCUGAGGAGCUCACCCUUCUCCUCAUCCGGUUACGGAGACACCAGGCCAUGAUGGCAGGUGUGCGCAAUGAUGCGCUGACCCACCUCCAGCAGUUGUCUCGGGUGAAGGCAGAUGAUACAUACAUGCAUUUGAAGAAGGACCUUGAAUAUUUAGAUCUGAAGAUGAAAAGUUUAGAGCCUUUGAUCCUCAUGGUUCACGGUGUGUUACAAACCUGCUCUUCGGGCGGGUUGAGAUCGCUCUGGAACGUGAGCGGAAGUGAAACUCUGAAAGGGCGACCGACCAAACCUGUAAAGGUGGCUGAAAGUGACGUGGACGUGACACUGAGUCGACUGUGUGAACAGGACAAAGUUUUGCAAGAGCUUGAGAUCAGACUCAGUGGACUGAAGGAAGAUAAGGAUAAGCUGGAGUCUGUUCUGGAUAUGUCUCACCAGCAGAUGGAGAAGUACCAGGACCAACCGGCUCACGCUGAGAAGAUCGCCUACCAACAGCGCCUUCUUCAGGAGGACCUGGUCCACAUACGAGCAGACAUGUCCAGAGUGGCCACAGAGAUGGAGAGAGCAUGGGAGGAGUACUGCAGACUGGAGCAGUCCGUGGAACAACUGAGGAACGUUUUGCAGUCUCAGAUGAAUGUUUGUCCUUCACCUCAGGAGAAGAAUCAGUUGAGGAGAGAGCUCUGGAGGAUAGAGGAUGUCAUGACUGGACUCAGUUCCACCAAAGAAACCUUCAAAAUCACUAUAGACUCAGUGAAAAACCCAGAGAGAAAACUUGUGCCUUCAGUAACAGAUUCAACAGUGCCUUUUCGGUGCAUUACCCCAGCAGCGGCUGAGGUACGGUCACCCCAAAGAAGUCUUGCCUCCAGUCCAUUAUCACUGCCUCCAGACAAUGAAGCUACCCUGCAGCAUCCUGUGCCAAAAUGGGAAGAUGACUAUGCCCCACCCAGACCACCUUUGCCCCUCCUCUAUGAUGAGGACACACCCCCUGUUGUCCCUCCCCUUCCUAAAGAAACAUCAGUCAUCAGACACACUUCUGUACGUGGUCUCAAGCGUCAGUCUGAUGAGAGGAAACGUGACAGAGAAAGCAACUACUCGAAUGGAGAUUGCAGGAUGGAGCUGAGAUCCUACCUAAGUGAACCAGAGCUGCCUGGGAGUGUUCAUGGAUCAGAUCAGGUGGACCCAGGCUACUUGACUCUCCAAAGAAGAGGUUUGUCAGGCUCCUCCUCCAGGAUAAAUCAGUAUAGUGGCAUGACCUCUUCAGUAAGGAGAGGAGAUUCAGCAUUACACACAAUGGAAAGACCAAAGAGUGCCUUGGAGCGUCUGUGUUCAGGAGAAUCUCAGCCUGAUCACCUGCCACAGAUAAGAGCGAGGAUGAGUGUGGAGGAACAGCUAGAGAGGAUGAAGAGGCACCAGAGAGCUUUGGUGCGCGACCGCAAACGUAACUUGAGUCAGGGGGAGCGACAGUCCGUUGGAUCCCGCACCUCCGGUCGCCCCGUCAACUCUGACCCAGGAUCAGGCUGGGAGAAACAAAUUUAUUUACAGCGACCGAAACAUACAGUGCGGGGGGAAGAGAAACAGCGGCCUGUGUCAGAUGAAUGGCUGACGGUUCGAGCCAGACCACUAGAAGAACAAGAUAUGCAGUCUGUUGACCUCGAGUUUGACAUUAUCCGAGAGCUCUCUACACCACAGAAGGUACCCAUCCCAAAGCGACUCCUGGACAUGGAGUUAGAUGAAGACCUGAGUCAGGAGGAGAAGGAGGCUCGUUCUCGAAACGUAGCAAAGAUUAAAAGUCUUCUGGCUAGGUCGAGUGAGUCAACGUCACAGUCUACAGAUGUGGAGCAGGUAGAUUUCAAUGAUCUGGAUGAUGCGCUUCAACAGCAGGAGAGGAUCAUGAGUGUACCUCGGGCUCUGGCCUUGGAGGCUUCAAUUAAAAGGAAACAAGUCACAGCCAAAGCCAUGUCUGAGAAUCAAAACAGUUGAGAUGCUAUCAUAUGAUAGAAAAGAAGAUCGAUUUUUCUACCAAAUAUUUAUAAUUGACAUUUAUUCUUUAAAUAAAACAUUUUAUAUUUAAGAUAAAAUAUUUUUUUGUAAAAUAUGUUUUUAUUUACUGGUGCACCAAAUAUGUUACCAGUUUUAUAAUGAUAUUUUUUCUAUAAAUUUUCUAUUAAUCAUGUAAUCUUGAUCUAAGGUACUUAUGUAAUCGUUUGCAGUGUUUGCAUCUGUUAUAAACCUAUUUAAAUGAAACUCCAUAAUAUACAGCAGGUACAUACAGCUUUAAAGGUGUAAAUUCAGGGAUACUGUUGUUGUAUUACGAGGUAUUACUCCUCAAAGCAUUGAAUGUCCUUCAUUGUGUUGUUUAAAGAGCGUUAAUAAAAGUAAUUUAUAACAUAAAGGUUUUCAAGUACAGUUAUUUGCUACUCUGUAUUGUAUCGUAUUGUCUUGUAAUGCCACAUUUGUUUGCUUUUUUAUGCACUUAAAUUAAUAAAGUAAUAGUUUUAUGAUGUCAAACAUUUUAGUCUUUAUUGAUAAGUAUUUCACAGAACUUUAAUACACACAAUUGACGUUUUAGUGUGCACAUUUCUUGCCAGACAUUUUGAUCAUUCCUAAUCUGUACUGCUGAAGCACUCACCCAAACGUGAAGAUUCUGUCAUCUGCGCACCCUCAUGUACGGUUUCAAAUCAUACUGACAAAGUAGAUUUUAAGGUGUUUUGAUUUGGGUAGAAAACAGUUUCUGUGUGGCCAUAAAAAUUGGUACAGACAUGAUGACAAUUU